CUGGUGCACCUCCUCCUCCUCUCCUCCUCCUGGUGGGAGGUGCAUGGGAGGAGCGUGGUGCUCCGGGACGCGGCUCUCUGCAGCAUCCCGUCCAGACCCGCAGGUCCUCCUCCAGCAGCCGGACCUCCUCCUGCUCCUCCUGGACUCCCACUUUCUCUCCUCUCAGCGCCGCUUUGGACUAAAACAAGUCAGAUCUGAUCCAUCAGACAGUGGAAUAUGAUCGGAGGCGCGUGGAGGAGGAGCGACACAGCGACAUAAGAACAUAUGAUCCAGGACAAAGGAGGGAAAUAACGAUGCAUGUCACGGCGGUGCUGUUAGUGGUGGUCGUGACGGGCUUCACUGAAGGUUGGGAGUGCAGUGCGGGGUGCAGCACGGAGAACGGGUUCUGUGAGAAGCCGGGGAGGUGCAGGUGUAAACCGGGCUGGCAGGGCGAGGACUGUGCCCGGUGCGUCCCGUUCCCCGGAUGCCUCCACGGAUCCUGUGAGAAGGCGUGGCAGUGUUCGUGUCAGGACGGCUGGGUGGGAAGCCUCUGUGACCAGGACACUCGGCGCUGCUCCUCCAGGCCUUGUGCUGGUAACUCCUCCUGCAUAGAGACCGGGGAGGGGGGCUUCCUCUGCAUCUGCCCCCCCGGGUACACCGGAGACCACUGCCACCUGAGGACCGGACUCUGCCUCUCAGACAGCUCUCCUUGUCAGAACGGAGGAACAUGUACAGAAAACUCCGACGUCUCGUCUGGUUUCUCUUCCUGUUUGUGUCCUCCGGGGUUUUCUGGAGACUUCUGUGAGAUCAGCGCUGACAGCUGCCAGCCCAACCCGUGUCUCCACGGAGGGAACUGCACCAACCACGGCCUGGCCUUCAGCUGCGUCUGUCCGCUCGGCUUCACCGGCUUCACCUGCAACACCACCACCACCACCACCACCAGCAGCAGCAGCAGCAGCAGCAUUAGCAGCCUGUCGCCCUGCAGCAGCCUGUCGCCCUGCACCAACGGGGCCACAUGUGUCGGUCGACCUGACGGGACCUUCCACUGCAUUUGCCAGAAAUGGUUUACAGGUCCGACGUGCUCCGUGCUGCAGCACCGGCCCCGGGCCAAGCCCUCCAAGCCGUCCGGUGGUUCCAGACCCGUGGUGGACCACCGGGUCUUCGCCCUGACCCCCCAGCACUACUCCCUCCCUGCUCACACCUUCCACAAGCUGCUGAGGCCUCCGGAGAGAGACCUGCUGAAGAUCACCCUGAAGGAGACGGUGCACUCCCCGGGCGUCCUGGUCACCCACGGCCAGCUCGUCUGCUUCGGCAUGCUGGCGCUGCUCACCUGCGUGGUCAUCCUCGGCACCACCGGCAUCGUCUUCUUCGGACGCUGCGAGGCGUGGCUCGCCAACGCCAAGUACAGCCAGCUGGUCCGCCAGCAGAGGGAACACCUGCUGAGAGAAGCUGGAGGAGGAGGAGGAGGAGGAGGCCACCAGGAGGAGCCGGAGCACUCCGUCAACAUCAUCCUGCCCGAGAAGAUCAGACUCACCAGCUUCGGGAGACAUUACACCUCCAUCUGA